UGAAGUUUGAUCCAUAUUCAAGGCCAAAGAUUUCACCUGGAUUUAAUUAAAAAAAAGUUUUGAUGUGGUAUCAAUCUUGUAAAAUGUCUAUUAUGUAUAUAAUCAUAUUAAUUUUAAUUUUUUUAAUUGAGAUUUUGUCUAUCCUCUUUGAAUAAGGUGUCAGAAAACGAUCUCGGCAAUGUGGCCCCACACUGGAUCAAAGACGAUGAGGUCUCGAUGUGUCAGCUGUGCAGCAAAUCAUUUACAGCGUUAAAACAGCGGCACCAUUGUCGUGCAUGUGGAAGGGUUGUGUGCAGAAAGUGUUCAUCAAAGAAGAGUAAUUUAGCGUAUGACAACAACAAGCCCAAUCGGGUCUGUGAUAAAUGUUUCGUCAUCCUGAAAAACGUGGAUGGAAAGGUGGUGGACCAGAAAGUUCCUCAAGGGGUCAAAUUGAUGAAUGCCAAUGACCCCUCUAUUCUCUCUGGGUACCUCCAGAAGAGCAUGGAUCGAGGCAAGACUUGGAACAAGAGAUGGUUUGUCAUUACCAAGGAGUUUGCCAUGUACGAAUUUAAGGCUCAUCAUGAUAUCUAUGCCAUAGCAACCCUACCAUUACCUGGUUACCAAGUAAUAUUUCCUGUGGACAACAUCGAGAAUGUCUUUUGUUUGAGUCACCAGCAGAAACUUCCUCCCACUUAUCUACAGUCCGAGUGUACUGCAAGCAGAGACAGGCCAAAUUCUAUUAACACAGACCCCCCACCUGAUGUGUUAAUUAUUUAUAAAACUUAAGAAAUUAUCAACUUUAAUUUUUUGUUCUUUUUUUCUCGCUAGAGGUGUUAAUAUUGUAAUUGUAGUAGUACAUCAUGAUCCAUUUUUAUGUGAAACUUUUUGUGUUUAUGCACAGGCCUCUGAAUUUCUAAUAAGGCAUAUUUUGUAUACUGUAAAUUCCUAAAUAAACGCGAGGAAUUAAUAUCUGUGUAAAAUUGCGUGAAGCAUCCUUUGCGGAUUUUAAAAUCUCACCAUUAUUUUCUGAACCGAAACUCCACUCAUUCCUCCGAAAGUUCCGGAAGCCAGAACGCAGAAGAUGGCUGUGACAAGACGUCCUAGUUGAAUUAGCUGUACAACACAUGAAACUCAAACUAGAGAGCAUAACUGAACUAACUUAUAACAUGGAAGUCAGUUUCUUCAUUGGUGAAAACAUCUCAUAAGCUGUAACAUAGUGGAUAAACUCUGAUUAUGUGAAAGUCAACUUUUUGUGCAUAUCAAAUAAAAGUUGGUGACCACUACUUUACCUGAGAGUUAGUUCUAUAGUAAGCACAUCAACCUGAAUUUUAGUGGGUAACCACUAAAAGCUGGAAAGUCAGGUCUAGAUAGUGCAUCAACUGAGACCGAUGGUGGCCAUUUAUUAUAACAGAAAAGUCAGCUUAAAAGAGUGUCACAACAGCAAUGUAUUGGACAGCAAAUCGUAUCAUAAGAUCAUUGAAUUAUCAUUGAUUAUGAACUUUGAACAAGAAAAGUAUAUAUCUAUAUAUAUAUGCAAUAAAUUCAUUCUGGUUUGUUGUAAAUAAAAAGCAAUUUAUCCAUAACUGAUUAAUUAACAGACAAUCUAAU